UUCUGUGCACAGCGUAACUAUUAUGUCUUUGCAAACACAUGAAUUGAAGACCUCCUUUUUCUCCCAAAUCCUCUGCUUUUUCUGGGAAUGGCAGUGCUCAGUUCCUUCUCGAAGCGCUUGAGCUCCGUUGUGAAGGAGAUUGGGCGGAAGAAAGGAGACGGGGGCUGGUACGGGCCGCACAUGGCUGCUUCUGAGCGUGCGAUCCGAGAGAGAAUCCCUAUGGUUGAUCUCGUUUUAGAGGUGCGAGAUGCGAGGAUCCCCAUGGCUUCUGCUUUUAAAUCAGCUUGGCAUGAUAUGGAUUCUAGUAGGCAUAUGAUAAUUCUAAACAAGAUGGAUCUAGCAGAUUGCUCUCUGACAGAGGACCAAAAGUCGGGGAUGAUGAUUGGAAGAGCUAAAAAGAUAGGAGGACUUUACUACUUUGAGGAGACUGUUCUUAGUAAAAAAAAGGAGUGGACCGUGCAUUUUCAGAAGCAGAAUCAUAUUUGUCUUGGUGUGAACUCCCACAACAAUGAAAGUAUCAAUCAGCUGUUAAAUGCUGUAAAGAAACGAACUAGGGACUUGAAAGUUGGCGAGAUACAGAAUACAUCAACUGCUACAGUAUUAUUGGUGGGGAUUCCAAAUGUUGGAAAAUCAGCCAUUGCCAAUUCUAUGCAUCUCAUUGGCAGGAUAGAUGCUGCAGAGAAAGGAAAACUGAAGCAUGCAGUUGUGAGUCCACAGCCUGGAGAGACUAGAGAUAUCCGCAGUUAUAAGAUUGCUAGCCAUCCCAACAUAUAUGUAUUUGACACGCCAGGUGUUCUGUCUGCUGAAAUUGCUGAUGACGACUCUGGUUCCAAGCUCGCGUUAGCUGGUGCCAUCAAGGAUUCACUGAUAGGUGAGUAUAAUCUAGCUCGGUUUUUACUAGCUGUCCUCAGUUCUUCAGAUGUAUAUAAAAGUUGGGAGGGCCUGAAACGUGCAUGGGAUCAGGUGUUGUUAUCCAACACCCAAACAGGAAAGUUUGUUGAUUCUGACCAAAAGAGAAGAAGGCAGUAUGAAUCAGAUCAUACACAGGAUAGCAUUGUCAGUGAUGUACGCCAAACACUUUUUGAAUCUAUAUCAUCAUUGAAGCUGCAUCAAGAAAAAGAAGAAGAAAUGGAACGAUUCAUGGAUGUUGCUUUUACUGUAUUAUGUGAACCUUUAAGAAUCUUAAAUAAAUCAGAAGAAGACAGAUGUAAAGUUGUUGCUUCCAAGUUACUUAAUCUUUACCGAACUGGAAGGCUCGGCCGUUAUACUUUGGAUAUUGCUCCAAGAAAUGCUUAGGUUUUCGUGACUAACAUGAAGGCUUAUACUAAAGAUUUCCUUUCAAGCGCUUCAAAUCUAUAACUCAGUUUCUAGAACCAUUCUUCUCCUUCUUCCAUAUGAUUCUUUCGAGUUUGGCAUUGUACUCUGGACCAGGCCGUGAUCAAAUAAUUGAGUGGCGGCUGAUGGCUGACGGCGGUUGGCAGCAAAUGGUGGAGGAGAUGAACAAACGACUGCGGCAGCCAGCAGGAGAGUCGUAGCCAACUGGCAACGGCUACGGGUGGCAGGUGGCAUUGUGCAACACUUUUCACAAAAAAGGUGUAUUUGAAAUUUGCCUCAAUCCAUUGAAUUCCAAAUACAUUUAAAAAUGAAUUAGAUAAUGAAUUUCAAAUACAUUAUAAUUUUACAAUAUCAAACACUCAAAUUUUGUGAACUUGUAAAAAAGAUGUGCAGUGCACUCAUUUUUGCAGCAAACUAAACAGCUCUUAAGUCUAGUUGUUUUGUUAUGCUGAAACAUAAGAAUACUACAUGUUCUUCUAUAGAAGUUUAGAAUGUUCAAGGAAAAUAAUCAAGGAAUCGUGAAGCUGUUUCAAAUAAUAUUACAGAAACAGUAGUUUUUAAAAUUACAGAAAAAUUGUGAACACAUAAAUA